CCGUCUACUCCCCCUUCUGCGUCUUCAUCGCGUGAACCUUGUUGUUGUGUUUGUUUCGUGCCCUCCUGUCCUCCCCUCUCCUCCUCUUCUUCUCCUCUUCUUCUUUUCUCCCCUUCUUCACCUCUCCUACUUUCUCCCGAUGAGUUCCUAUUUUGUCAACUCCUCUUUCCCGGUGACGCUACCGGGAACGGGUGGAGGAGGGCAGGCGGCGGCGGCAGAGUCGUUCCUGGGUCAGAUCCCGCUUUACUCGUCGGGAUACGCCGCCGACCACCCGCUCAGGCACUACCCGGGGGCAGCCGCCGUCACGGCUGCCGCAGCCAUGGCAUACAGCGCCAGCGGAGGCGGCGUGCACCAGGACAAACCGUACCCGGCGUCCUCCUACUACCAGCAGGCGACCAACGGAGCGUACAGCGGGCACCGUGCGGCGGCGGCGGCGGCGGCGGCGGCAGGGGUCGGUGUCGGGGGCGCGACCGGAGCCGGUGCCUGCGAUUACGCCACGGCGGCAGCGGCGGCUGCAGCGGCAGCCACGAGCUUCUACCGGGACAAGGAGCACCCGUGCAGUCUGGAGGAGCACCAGCUCGUGCUCAGCCCGGACGGCAUGCACCGUAAAGCGGAGUGCGCGGGGCUCGGUGGGAAGGGGCUGUUCGGUGAAGCGAUGGACGACAAACAAGCGGCGUCAGCCCCCAUUUAUCCGUGGAUGCAGCGGAUGAACGCGUGCAACGGGACCUUCGGCAGCCCCGGGAGACGCGGCCGGCAGACGUACACGCGCUACCAGACGCUCGAGCUCGAGAAGGAGUUCCACUUCAACCGGUACCUCACGCGGCGGCGGCGGAUCGAGAUCGCGCACGCGCUCUGCCUCACGGAGCGGCAGAUCAAGAUCUGGUUCCAGAACCGGAGGAUGAAGUGGAAGAAGGAGAACAAGCUGAUCAACUCCUCUUCCUCCUCGUCGUCCUCCUCUUCGUCCACGGUGAACGGUGCAGACGAAGAGGAGAAACGGACGGAGUGAAUUUACAGAGAGGAAAAGAAGGAGGAGAAAAAAAGGGAGAAUAAAUAAACUCAUGUUAAACACAUAAAAAGAGGAAGAGGAGGGUGGAGGAAAAGACAUGCUGGGUAUUCCCUUCCCCUUCCCGUCUCAAAGUUCGUCCAGACGUUCGUCUGGUGGGAAAACUCUGGGAAAAUGUAGCCUGCAGUUCCUUUGAUUUUUAUUUUUUACCUGAGCAGGAGGGGACAAAAAAAAAAAAAAAAAAAAAAAAAAAAAAAAAAAAAAAAAAAAAAAAAAAAAAAAAAAAAAAAAAAAGAGGGCCACGAUGAUUCCUGUCUCGGUCCUUCUCAGGUCACCUGCCUCUGAAGGCCGCGUCUCUGAGCGCUCUGCUAAUUGGAAAUAAUAAUUUGGAGUACAGAGAGAGAGCCGUGAAACUGUGGAAUUCCUUCAUUAAAAUGAGGAAAGAGAUGAGAAAGCAGAACAUUAAAAUGUGGUUUGCGUGCUGUUCAUCCAGUGUAAGAAAUAAAAACCGUCUCCAGUAAAUCAGUAAUCAGCCGCCCGACGGUGACGAGCUGCGUCCAAACAGUUUCUUGCUGCAUUCCAAGAAAACUCCCGACUUCCUACUCUGGCAGGUUCCUGCUCCGAUCCGGUUCAAUGUUCUUCCGACCCGUCAGGCACUUGUUCUGGAGCUUUAGGACUUGACUUUCCUCCCCGAUUUAAUUUUAUUUUUUUGUUCUUCGUUAUUUUGUCGAUGUGCUGUGUGUAUGAUACCUUCAGUGACACACUCUGGACACACACACACACACACACACACACACACACACACACACCAGCCCGGGGAGGAAAACACUAUGGGGGAAGUGUAACUAUGUCAUAUUGUGUUCAUAUUUAAACUGUAUAGAAAUAAGCAAGAGGGGGUAAAACACACCUUGUACGGUGAGGGUAAUGUAAGGGGGGGUGGGGGUGGGGGUAAUUUAACUUUUCCAGCUGUUUUCCAAUAUGGAGAGGGUGCGGGGGGAGGGCGGGGUGUUAUCCUACUGAUGUUAUUCUGAAAACUACCUAAACUCGUUCAGGAAAGUGUAUAUUUUAUGGAUUUUUACAUUGUUUGUUUCUGUUAGUGUUUUGUCAGUACUUGCAUAUACUACCUAUGAGAGCUGUUCAAUAAAAUGUAAAGACCUGCACA